CUUCUGAAAUGGAAAUAUUAGUAUAUUUAUCAGCUCUGAUUCUGGGAUUUUUUGUUAGCGGUUAUAUGGCUGUUGGAUUUGAAACUGGUGUUGAACUAACAUACCCUGAAACUGAGUUUAAUUCAUCUGGUGUAUUAAAUUCAGUUUCACAAACAACUGGUGGUCUAUUUACAUUACUUUUUACAUAUAUUUUGGAAAUAACGAAUGACUUUUGGACUAAUAUCUGUAUGGUAGUUUUAUUAGUGAUUGGAACAAUUCUGACAGCUUUUACGAAAAAUGUGCGUAAACGACAAGAUGCAUUACAGCAGCAUAAAAGUGUUACAGAAAAUAAAGCUGCAAAAUAUUGAAUUAAACAUAAUUUAAUAACUAUUUAAUUUUAUUUUUUAAAUAGUCA